AUGUUGACUUUAGCAAAAACUGAACAUCAAGAAAUAAUUGACAAAUUUGGCGGAGAAUUUGAAUUUCGAAUCGGGACAAGUUUUAAGAAUCGCAAUCGACCUUUAUAUUAUCAAUUUACAUUUAAUACAGAAGAUAUAGAUUUUACAAAUGAGGCAACUAUAAAAUUUGCUGAGAGUAAAGAAACAUUUGAAAUUAUUUAUAAUGAACAAAAAGGGGUAGAGGGUCCAUUAAAAUUAACCGGACAUUUGGUUGAAGAUAGAGUCAUAAUAAUACUUAUGAUUCGGAAGCCAUUAAAAGAUUUUUGA